AUGAACAGCAUCACUGAUCAAUUUUUCUCAAAAAGAUAUAGAGAAAAUAAGAAAUUAUUAAAUGAUGAUAAUGAAAUACCAAAUGAAAUAUUAGAAUCAAAUAAUCUUGCAGAUUAUGUUUACAAUCUUCUUGAAUUGCAUACAAAUUUAAUAAUUGCAGAAAAUAACAAAGAAAAUAAUCAAUUGGGUAUUUAUUUUACAUGUGUCAUGAAUAUUUCUUCAUUUAAUGAAUCUUCAAAAGAAAUUGCUAAUCAUUUAAUAAAUAUUGUUAGUGAUGUUGACAAAUACUUGUGGAUAUAUAAUAAUAAAUAUGAUGGCAAACAAACUACAAGUAUUUGGUAUUUUUGUUCUCAACAGAUAAAUAUGGCAAAAAAAUCUUGUAAGCAUAAUAAUCCAGAAAAAUGA